CUCAUGUGAUGCUAUUCUUUUUCCUUGCAAUUAGUAUUACCUUAUAAAUUAUCUUCAACAUCUUUUUACGUGUGUAUUAGAGGUCUAUCCUAUUAAGCUCGUAUAUAUCUUUAGUUAAUCUAAGGUAUCGCUUUCGUUUCUCAGAAGUCGACUUCGAUAUUAUUUCGGGACGCUUUAUUUGGAAAGCACAAAUGGAUGGAUACCCUGAAAAGAACAAGGUGAUGACAAUAGAAGCUUAUGAGGAAACAAGGCUAGAACUAAGGCUAUGUCCUCCAGGGGAUGAUCAGGACUUUUAUUCCAUUAGCACAACUAAUGGCACCAAUUUUCCACCAAAGACACUCAAAGGCUCACAUAAAAGGGGUGCACAACCUGCAGUGGUGGUGGGGUGGCCACCAGUGAGAACAUCAAGGAAAAACAUCAGGACAACAUCUAGCAACUCCAACAAGGCGGAGUCGUCUUUGCCAGAAAAGGUUCCAACAUAUGGAAGUUGUCGCAAGAAAACCAUUUCCGACGAUGACAGAAGUUUGUAUGUGAAAAUUAAUAUGGAUGGAGUUGCCAUUGGAAGAAAGGUUGAUUUGAAAGCAUAUGAUGAUUAUCAGAUGCUCUCAUUAGCUGUAGAUGAACUUUUUAAAGGACUUUUGACAGCUCAAGGAGACACUACUUCUUCUGGCACAACAAACGAGACGAUGGGACUAUUGGAUGGGAGCGGAGAGUACACUCUAGUUUACGAGGAUAAUGAAGGAGAUAGAAUUCUUGUUGGAGACGUCCCUUGGGACAUGUUUAUAUCUUCAGCAAAAAGGCUUCGUGUGCUGAAAACUUCAGAGUUGUCUGUUAUUCGUCAUCGGAAUAAUUGAUCACAAGUCAUGGCAAAUGGCGAUCGAUCAAGUUUUUAAGCAUCUCGCUUUUGUUAAUUAGAUCAGAAUUGAAGGUUUUUCAAAGAAUGGGUACGUUAUAUAUAUUGUAAAAGUUGUUGAAAAAUUAAUGAAAUAAAAUAGGGCUUGGAAGUGUUUGAUUUGUGCUUUUGUGA